AUGGAUAUCACCUGUUCUUCUCCGUUUGUCUCUGCACCGAUUCAGGAGAUGGUCGCCGAGCCGAUCGACAUCGUACUUGAUGAGCCCACCGAUAGCUGUGCGAUGGUGGAAGAGAAAGCCAAGGAGAUCAUCGAGGCCGAGAAUGAGAGCCUUGACCAACUGAUGAUAGAGUUUACCAGAGGGUUUGAUCCUGGAAGCUUUGUCGAUGAGGACUCUGAAUCACUCCCUCGAAUUCUUAAAGAUAUCUUCCCAGGUUCCUACGAGCAUCUUUUGAGCAUGCUGUUUGAAAGCGACGACAAAAUGCACGCCACCCAGAUGAAGCUAGAGGAAUGGCUUCUGAAAAGAUACCCUCAGAUUCUCAACAAGAUCGAUACCGAACGACAGGAGACAAACAUAACCGAUGAGACGUAUUUUGGGGCUGAGAUUGAGGUCUUAAGAAAGAUGGUAGCGUUCUUACGCAAGGAAUCUGAUAAACCAGUCUUCUGGCUCAAUGCUCGGCGUGCAAGUCCUAUCAAAGCUCGUGAGCAGCUUGAAGCAUCUAUCCGGGUCAUCGAACUGUUCAAAAGCGAUGUCAUGAUUGCGAUGAAAAUGGACACGGAGGAUAGAAAAAUUUACAAUCCUCUCCCCGUCUCCACGGAACGCACCGCUCUACUGAGUAUCAAACAACUUCGGAUUGACGCAUGCAAAGCAUCACUUUCUUGGGAAGGUUAUAUGAACUCUGCUAUUGUGUUCACCUCUUUCUUCCAUGCCUACAAGGCUUAUACCUGCGUGCACAAGCCAGACAAAGCCCGUGCAUGGGGCUGGCUCCCACCACAGGGACUUGCACCUCCACGCUUGUCUGCAGAGAUAGCCCAGGUGGGUGAUUUGGUAAAAUGGGACUUUGAGCAUGAAAACAGCGCAUUCGAUCUGCUACUUAAGACGGCCCUUUGGCUAGGUAUGGCGAGAGGUCUCCCAGCGGUGCAUCUAUUCUGUGACGUCGCUCGACUUUUCACGACGCACAAGCCCUCCCCAACGGCAAACGAGCCAUAUAUCAGAUUUCUGCGUCAUCUGGCACAAACAAGAGUCUCCAUUGCCGGAAUCAAGUCCACUCCGCCCACGCCUGUUCCAUUCAAGGGGUCCGACGAAAAUACCAAUCGUGGUUACUUCGAAGACGUAUUCGAUUCAGACAAGAUCUUGGAGAAGGACCUAACCAAGACCCUUUCGUUGCUUGCCAUGAAUACCAAUGACUUCAAGCUAACUGCCACGCCUCCAAAAUACUCGUUUCGCAAGAAGGCGAAGAUGAUCGAGCAGGCUUGUGUUGUGGAAGAGAACCACACGGAGAAGUGGCCUCAGAAAGAUCCGGCAACACCCGGUGAAACCUCCUUCUCCAAUUCCCGAGGAACCUGA